GGCCUGGCCGCGCCGGGGUGCGGGUGGGGCAUGUGCGCCCCGCCAGGGAUGCGAUCCCAAAAGCCUGGAGCCGAGCCCCCAUAUCUUUGGUCCGGGUGUGUCAAGAGCAGGUGGGAGCGUGAGAGAAAGGCUAUCAGCCCCCUCAGGUCAGGAUCACUGCUGAGAAAAAUGACAGCUGGCUCUGUCUCAGUUCCUCAGAUCAUCCCACUUCGAAUCCCACCUCCAGGGAAAGCUCAGCGGGAAAUAGACACAAAUACUCUCAUAGAAAUAAAAUCAGAUACACCUGGGGCCUCUAUUUAUUACACUUUGGAUGGAAGUAAACCAGAACUCAUUAGGAAACCUGGCUAUGGGGCGUGUAACGCUUUGGAGUAUAAGGGUCCUAUCAUAUUACCAGUGGGGAAAAUAAUGGUCAAGGCCCUGGCAGUUACAAAGGACUACAGGGAGAGUUCAAUUGUGACAAAGGUGUUUGUGGUAGAGUACCAGCAACCAAACAUUCUCUUCCCUGUUGAAGAUGAUGAUAAGAAUUUCCUAAAAGAUAUGGCCACACAGAAUAAGGAAGGCGGAACGUUUACUACAAAACCUAAGAGGAAUAGACUGAAUGUGGAAAUCAAGCAUGCCUGGGAUAAAAUGCCCCAAGACCUUCAAGACAGAAAGCCUUCUCACAGGUCCCCUCAAGGACCUCAGCUCCUUUCCAGUCCUUUGAGAGCCACAGAGUACAGAGAGGAAUCCACCUCAGCACAACCAAUGGAGUCAUUGCAGUUUGCAAGUUCCUCUCCAGUGACUAGCCAGAAAAGCUUACCAAGCACAGAAGCGUCAGGGAUCCAGAGCAAAACAGAUUUCCUUAAAUGUUCACAUUGUUUGGCCCCUCGCCUCUCUGAGCCCUUUGCUCACUUCUGCCAGAAAUGUGGAUCUCCUAUCCCCCCUGUGCCAAUCCAGCGUUUCCCAUUCCCCGAAGGAACACAGAUGGCACCCUGCCUCGAAUGCAGAUAUCUUGUACCAAUGAAUACACCCACUUGCAUUAUCUGUGAGUCACCAAUAGCUCCACAGCUGCAGCCCCAAAACAACACUUGCAUAAAGGGAAAAGUAAUUUGUCAGGUGUGUGGCACAGGAAAUCCUCUUCAUCAUAAACACUGUGCAACAUGUGAGAGCAAACUGCCUGAAGUACAGAUGCCCAUGUUUGGAGGAGACUCCUGCCCACAUCUCCAGGGCCGGGAAAGGAAGAUGGCUCAGUGCUCAAAAUGCAAUGGCAUGAACCAGAGUGAUGCCCGCUUCUGUGCCUGGUGUGGGGCCAAGCCUGGACCUCCUCCAUCCUACUUUACUUGUUCCAAGUGUGGUACCAGCAACCAGCCCUAUGCUCGCUUCUGUGUGUCCUGUGGUGUCUACAUAGAGCCCGCAUCCAGACAGACCUCUCUUGGCAGUCCCAUGGAUCCUGGGGACUCACUGGGAUCCUCUCAGGCAAAACAAUUACAGGCUGAAGUUGCCUGGCAAACUUGUCCUGUUUUCUUGCCCAAAUCAAGGGCAGAACUAACAGAAAGAGAAGAUAAAGGAACCCAAACCAUUGGACUUUUUUACCCAUCCAGCAAACUGUUGGAAAAGAAGGAGCUUGAGCUGAUUUCACAAAAAGAAAAAGUGGAAAAGAUGAGUGAUCGUAAACCUCUCCUGACAGCCAUUAGUCCUGGAAAAGGUUACUGGAGAAAACAGCUGGAUCAUGUUUGUGCUCAUGUUAGAAGCUAUGCCCAGAACAAUGUUGAAUUCAGAACACUGAUUGGAGAACCUCAAAUGGGAAAGAUUAAUUAUGUCACCAUCUCUGAAGAUGACUGUGAAGUCACUAUUACAUUGAAUUUUGCUGCUAUUAACAAGGUUAUUCAUCCUAACAGAGCAGUGAAGUUCAGCAAUGAUUACCUGAGUGCUGAAACAGAAGUCACAGAUGGACAGGAUGGCAGUCAGACUAAUUUUGGCAAAGAUGAUCAUAAUCUUUUCUAUUCAAGAGGCAAAAUAAAGAGAACCAAGUCAAGAACACUCAUGGGACAGGAAUAUAAGCUCUCUGGAGCUGACCCCAAUUCUCUGAGUGAGGAGGAGCGCCCUGCCCUCACAGUUGCUGUCCUGAACAAGCACACAGGAGCCAUCUCCCCUCUCGUGCAGAAAGGGGCAGACACUGACCAGCAGUCAGGGACGUAGUAAGUGCAUUGCUCAUUCCUUCUGUGCAGGCACAACAACACAGCUCUCCACAAGGCAGCUCUGCUGGGACUGGAGGGAGAGGAGUGCAUCUGAGCCCUGUUAUGGUAGGUGCUGUGGCUGGGCCUCCAGCUCAGCUGCAGGCUCCCCCCCAGCCUGCCAGCACAGACCUGCUUGGCACCACUGGAGGGUCAGAGCCUGCCCCGUGUUCCAGCAGGAAGGAGCAUCCAGAAAUUCCAAAGUUACUCUAUAUCAACAUUCACCUACAAGCCACUUCAUCACUAAGUGCAGUCACUUACAAUGAAUUAAGCAGUUUAAACCAAUGUGUCCUGUAUUUACAGCUGCAACGCCAGCAUGCAAAAGAAAAAUGCAGUAGGGCACUCAGCACUGGAUUUGGCUGUUGCAGCUGGAGAUAAUAAGGUUAUUUCACUGUUCCAAGUAAGUCUGGAUAGAGAACAUUGAAUAAACGAGAUGAGACAUGGGAACAUUGUUCUCAUCAGUGUGUUAUUACAACAGACUUUUUCUCCAAAUAAAGCUGAAGGUUCUUUGUCUUUGGGAGUACCUGAUCACACAUGUCCAGUUCUGUCUGCAGAAUCCACAACCCUGUGUGAUCAGCUUGGGCCCUAUAACAGUCAGAUAUUUUCUCCAGGAUUGCCCCAUUCCUUUCCAGCAGUUCAGAGCACAAUUCCUCUCUGACAGCACAAUAUUCUACAAAUUUUCUUUUUCUUUCCCAACAAAGGGACAUACCAAACCUUCCCAGGCACAAAUAAAUUUCAAUGUCUCUGAAAUUUCUAUGCCCGAUGAACACUGCUUACUAGAGUUUGACACUUGAGCAACAGUACUGCAAGCUGUAACCGAUGACCUUAUUUUCCUUUUUGAUGUUAAAACUGCACUCAGCACAGCCCAUUGCAGUAAAGGUCAGAUUCUCGUCCUCCAGAAAAUCGAGUAAAACUAUUUUGUUGUUGUGCCUUCAACUUUUAUUUAUAAAUGCAUCAACACAAGGCAGCAGCCAACUACAGACAUUUACAAGAAUACCAGGCACACUAAGGUGUGGUAUAACUCAAGGUUAUUGGCCACAAUCCUAAAUCCCUGAAAUAUUUUUAAAACUCCUUCCCCUUUCUAUGUCCCAAAGUAUCUAAAAGCACCAGUACAAAAAUGGAAAUGCAUGUCAACUCCUAUCAGAAAUACAAGUUUUAGCAUCAGAGCUAAACCUAUCUCUAUCUCUAUGAGACAGCAAUAUCUCUAAACAGCUGUAUUACAAAGGAAAAAAAAAGUAAGAAGAAAAAAGGUAAA